GUUGUGAAACGCUCGGAGCGUUAGUGCUUGGCCGACGAGCGUGUGAAUCGACGUCGACUCCACGCGCUCCGACAAAAUGGCGCGGCCGCUCAUUUACACAUAUUUGCUCAGUAUCUUGAGCGUAGCCGUGGCUCAGAAUUAUUACCAAACGCCGAGGGUCGGCUCUAAACGAGCCUCUUGUUAUAAAUCCGAUGGAAAACCUCAAAGAUGCAUACCAGAGUUCGAGAACGCCGCCUAUUUGGUCCAGAUGGAGGCGACCAACACCUGUGGAGACAACGGAGUAAAGUUAUACUGCAUACAGACAUCCGCUGGGACGUCUACAAGGUCCUGUGACUACUGUCAACCAGGACAGUUCUCCAGCUAUUACUUAACCGACCUUCAUCACGAGCAGGACAACCAGACUUGGUGGCAGUCGGAGACAAUGAAGGAAGGCAUCCAGUACCCCAAUCAAGUGAAUUUGACCUUACAUUUGGGCAAAGCGUAUGAUAUUACGUAUGUCCGGAUAGUGUUUUAUUCGCCUCGACCUCAAAGUUUUGCAAUUUACAAGAAGACAAACGAAGACAAAGUUUGGGAGCCAUUCCAAUAUUUCAGUGCCUCAUGUCGAGAAACUUACGGAGUUGAAGAGCAGAAAAGUGCUGAAUUAGGUGCGGAGACUAGGGCUCUCUGCACCAGCGAAUAUUCAGAUAUAUCUCCGUUAUCCGGAGGCAACGUGCCGUUCUCGACGCUGGAGGGACGACCUUCGGCAUAUACGUUCGACAGCAGUCCCGAAUUACAGGACUGGGUGACGGCUACCGACCUGCGUAUCUCCCUCGACCGCCUCAAUACCUUCGGUGACGAGAUCUUCGGGGACGUCCAGGUCCUACAAUCGUAUUGGUACGCUAUUGCUGAUGUGGCUGUGGGCGCCAGGUGCAAAUGCAACGGCCACGCAUCAGUGUGCGAUUCUCAACAGCAGCCUGACGGAACAAAGACCAGAUCGUGCCGAUGCGAACAUAACACUGCUGGACGCGAAUGUGAACGUUGCUUAGAUUUCUAUAAUGACGCGCCGUGGGGACGUGCUUCAUCUACCAACGUGCAUGAGUGCAAGGCGUGCAACUGCAACGGUUUCUCGAACAAAUGCUACUUCGACAAAGAGUUGUACGAAAGGACCGGACACGGAGGGCACUGUCUCGAGUGCAGUGACAACCGAGACGGCCCCAACUGUGAGCGGUGCAGGGAGAACUUCUACCAGAGUCCCGAAGACAUCUGUUUGCCUUGCAACUGUAACCCUACCGGUUCUCGAAGCCUUCAAUGCAAUGCAGAAGGCAAGUGCCAAUGCAAGCCCGGAGUGACAGGGGACAAGUGUGACGCCUGUGCGCCGAACCAUUACGAGUUUACGAACCAAGGAUGCAAGCCUUGCGGCUGUAACGAGUCCGGGUCGUACGGCAACACCCCUCAGUGCGACCCGCAGACCGGUGUCUGUCUGUGCAAACAGAACGUCGAGGGCAGACGCUGUCGGGAGUGCAAGCCCGGCUUCUUCAAUCUAGAUUUACAGAACGAGUUUGGAUGCACACCCUGCUUCUGCUUCGGCCAUUCGUCCCAGUGCAGCUCCGCUCCGAAAUACCAGGUUCACGACAUCAGCGCUCAUUUCAUUCGAGACUCGGAGAAGUGGGAUGCUGUUGAUGAAACAGGCAAACCGGCACAAUUGCAGUUUAAUGCUAAUACGCAGAAUAUAGCGGUCGUGUCAAAGAAUACUGAGAUCGUUUAUUUCCUUGCGCCGAAUCAAUUCCUUGGCGAUCAGCGGCCAUCGUACAACCACGAUAUGAAAUUUUCGCUGAAAUUAGGCGAACAUAGUGGCUAUCCAUCUGCUCAGGACAUUAUCCUCGAGGGCGCCCGGACUUCUAUUUCAAUGAACAUUUACGGACAGAACAAUCCAGAACCCACUGAUCAACCUCAAGAGUAUACGUUCAGACUGCAGGAAGACCCUCGCUACGGCUGGUCUCCGACGCUUUCGAACUAUGAGUUCAUGUCGAUCCUUCAGAAUUUGACGGCAAUCAAAAUCAGGGGAACAUACAACAAAGGCGGUGUCGGGUACCUGAUCAACUUCAAGUUGGAAACGGCCAAGAUUGGCAGAGAGAAAGGGGCGGCUCCAGCUAACUGGGUGGAGAAAUGCUCGUGUCCCAAAGCCUAUGUUGGGGACUACUGUGAAGAGUGCGCACCAGGGUUCAAGCACGAGCCUGCCAACGGCGGACCGUACUCGACUUGCAUACCUUGCGAUUGUAACGGACAUGCCCAUAUUUGUGACACCGCGACUGGAUUCUGUAUCUGUAAGCACAAUACGACCGGUAGCAACUGUGAGCUCUGCGCGAAAGGUUUCUACGGGAAUGCUAUCGCUGGAACUCCAGACGACUGUAAGCCUUGUCCCUGUCCGAAGGACAGUGGUUGCAUCCAACUCAUGGACCAGAGCAUCGUGUGUACUGACUGUCCCGACGGUUACGCUGGACCGAGGUGCGAGGUUUGCGCCGACGGGCACUUCGGCGAUCCUAACGGGCAGUUCGGGCCUCAGAAGCAAUGCGAGGAAUGUCAGUGUAACGGGAACGUCGACCUCAAUGCUGUCGGCAACUGCAACCGAACCACCGGGGAGUGUCUCAAGUGCAUCUACAACACGGCCGGGCAGCACUGCGACAAAUGCCUCAGUGGUUACUACGGUGACGCAUUGGAUCCUAAACAGAAGGGUGAUUGCCAGCCCUGCGAGUGUCACGAAGGCGGGACGGUAGAGAGUCCCGAGGGACCUCCUCUAUGUGACGGACUUACAGGAUACUGCACCUGCCGACCUCACGUUAUCGGCAAAAACUGCGAUAAGUGUGAAGACGGCUACUAUAACAUCUUCUCCGGCGAUGGCUGCAAGCCCUGCGACUGCAAUCUCGAGGGUUCGUACAACAGCACCUGCCAUCCGCGCACGGGGCAGUGCUACUGCAAACCAGGAAUCGAUGGGAAGCACUGCGAUCGCUGCCGAGACUACCACUACGGUUUCUCAGUGGAGGGAUGCAAGGGUUGCGACUGUGAUGAGUGGGGUUCCACCAACUACCAGUGCGACGUCUCCGGGCAGUGUACCUGCCAGGAAAACGUUGAAGGACGCCGCUGUGACAGAUGUAUGGAGAACAAAAAGCGUCGUCUCGAUGGCCAGGGUUGUGAGGACUGUCCCCCUUGCUACAAUUUGGUUCUCGAUGCGGUCAAUCAGCACAGACGUGAGCUGCAAGAGCUUGAUGAGAUUUUGGCUAAAAUAUCGAAGGCUCCAACGGUGGUGGAAAACGCUGACUUCGAUAAUGAACUGCAGCGUGUCAGAGCCGAGAUAGAGAGCUUAUCUCAGGAAGCACAAAUAGGCCUUGGCAACACAGGGGGCUCCAGCCUCACCGACAAUUUGGCUGAACUGGCUGACAGACUUGCUGACAUUAGAAAUAUGCUCUUCAAAAUCGAGGACGAGAGCUUUGACGGCAACGAAGCUGUUGAGAAGAGCAAGGGAAAUGUCUCCAAAGCCGAGGGCACCAUAGAGGCCGCCCAGAAGGAAAUCAACAGCGCUCUGGAGUACUUGGACGGGGAAGGAGCAGCAGCGUUAGCGAAAGCGCGCAACAGAUCAGACCAGUUUGGCAAGCAGUCCGUGGACAUGUCAGCGCUCGCCAAAGAAUCCAGGCUUCUCGCUGAGAAGUUAGAGAACGAAGCAAGGAACAUCAGAGAUAUAGCGGACAAGGCCUUCAACUCUUCGCUUGUCGCAAACAAGAUCGCCAAAGAUGGCAUCAAUAAACAAGCCAAUAUUAGUAACGAGGUUCAGAUCCUAACGAACGAACUGAAUGCGGCUUCGGGAAAACUGAACAGUAUGACAGAGCUUGCCGAUCAAGCUUUAAAGAGAGCCAGAGCUGUGUAUGACGAAGCUUUAGGUCUGUACGCGGAGGUCAACACCACGCUGCUGCCCGACAUCAAGCUCAACAAGCUUCACGAAGAUUCAAUGGAGAUGAAUAGAACGAUUGAUGAGAAAUCAGCAGAGCUGGACCGUUUGAUAGCUGAGAACGAAGACACCCUUCACAAUUUAGAGGAUGGCAUAAGGCGCGGUCGGGACUUGCUGGAACAAGGUCACGACAGGCAGGAGGAACUCAACGAUCUCCUCGCUAAGCUGGAUGAGCUGCAGGCGCAAGCUAAAAACGAUGUGGAACUCACGAAAGCCACGUUGACAGCCGCAAAUGAGAUUUACAAGACUUUAAAAGAGUUCAGUGAUCAAGUGACCGAGUCGCACAAGCAAGCGAUCCAAGCCACGAUGGACGUGCCGGCCGUCCAAGAGAAGGUAGCGGCGGCCGAGGAGAGCAUCAACAGCAUCACCGAGGAGUUGGUCGCCGCCAGUGACAAGGCGAAGGAGGCCAGGGACUUGGCCCAGCAGGCGCAAAAGGAAUAUGCCGACAAAGCUUCUGAGGCCGCCCACGAAAUCAAGAAGAAAGCGUCCGCUGCCAAAGCAAAAGCUGUGAACUUGAGAGACGAGUCAGACAAACUGAUUACUCGUGUGCGAGGUACGGAGAAACAGAUCGAGGAGUUGGAGAAAAAAGCAGCCGACAACAUGCAGUUAACGCGUGACGCAAAAAUGAAGGUUGGUCAGGCGAAUAUCGACGCUCGGGAAGCUGAGAAACAAGUCACCAAAGGUCUUGAGGAUCUGAAAGUCAUUAUGGAUGAGCUGCAGAAUCUCCCAACGCUCGACGAUGAAGCAUUGGACAGAUUAAAGGAAAGCUUGGACAGUGCCGAAAAAGCAUUGAGAGGUGUAGAUCUUGAUGGGAAAAUAAAAACAUUGACAGAAGCCAAGAAUAAUCAUCAGAGAUGGAUGAAAGAAUAUCAAGAUGAGCACGACCUCCUUCGGUCUGAAGUUGAGAACGUCAAGGGCAUCCUUGAACAGCUUCCAGAUGGAUGCUUCAAGCGGAUCGUACUGGAGCCCACCGAAGGACCGAGCAGGUCGGCCAAUUAUAGGUAGAUGGAAUUAACAGAGCAUUGCGACGGGUGUGACUUUUUUUUUUUUAAAUCAUCAAGAAUCAUCUGUAAAUAAUGGAUUGUGUAUUUAUUGAGUUCCAUCCUAAAGUUUCGAGUUGCAUCUUGUAAUACGAUUAAGGAUAUUUGCUGAUAAAUGGAGUGCAUUACGCGAAUUUUCCUUAUGUUUUAUACGAAGGGGCUAUUUGUUAUGUAAGGAGAAUAAAUGAAUAUCAAGUUUACCGAAUUUUUUUUUGUGAAAGUUUAAAUUUCUCCAUUAAUCAUUGAAACCUUCGUAUGUUCUAGAACGCUCUAGAAUAUUCCACGAUUCACCCAGCAUUGCUCACACUUUACGUGCCUUAAUUACUUUAGAUAUAAUAGACUUAAAUGUAAAAAUGAGGCUAGAAACUUAUUAAUUAUAAAUAAGAAGCAAUAAAUUUUCUUAAUAUUUUUUUUUCUUUGUUGUGCAAAUUUUGAUAUGAAUAUUGGAUUGAAACGGAUCAAUAUAACGAUAGAUUUAUUGAAAACAAACAUAAUCUAAUUAAACUGUAUUUUUAUAUUGCAUUUAUACUUUGCAUUUCUGUACUUAGAUUUGAAGAUACCUAUAUAAUAAAUAAUAUUAUGAAUGAUAUUAACGUACAACCAUUUAAUAAAUACAGUCAAUAAAUGAUAAUAACGAUUAGUAGACAUGAAAUUGUAAUUCACGUUUUUUUAGAACACACAUAUAUUGCUAUAAAAUGUACUUAUCACGAAAUCAAUUAAAUCUUCAACAGAAUGAUUUUUGUUUGACAUAUUUUAGCGAAACAUAUAUUCUAUUGCGUUCCAUAAUUGCCCUGAUUUUAAAUAAAUAGUAGCUAUGGAAUGGAAAAUUGAGGUUAAAAAUUUUUCGUGAUUGUGUUGAGUAUGUAUUGUAAAUAUUCUCAUCACAAUGAGCACAAUUUACGUCUACGUUAAGUUCUUUUUAAUGAAACAAAGUAUCUAUUAAAUUUAAUUAAUUUCUUUUAUAAAUUUAACCAAAGAAAACAGAAGAGACGUGUGCGUGUGUUUUUCAAUAUUAUUCCUGUAAUUAUUUUUUAUUUACUUAAAGUAGAUAUGUAAUUGUGAGUAAAAUAACAAUAAUUUUAUUGUAGCUUAUUUAUUUGUAUUAAAUAACAUGGAUUAUG